AAAAAAAAGCACGCGCACGUUAAAUUUGGCUCAGCCCGUCCAACGGAACCUAUUGGGUCAGACGGUCUGACCCAAUAAUUUCACAUUAUAAAUAGGAGAGAAAAAAACCGUCAACGGUCCUCAAAUAAUAGGGUUUCUGAAAAAGUUAAAAAAAAAAAAAAAAUCGCAUAUCUUCUCAUAACGGCACCAAACGGAGACGUCGGUGAGCUCAUAGUAUUCGUUAACCUUACCUCUGGAAAUUUUUUAUUUUUUAACUUAAUUAAUUUCCUCAUCUGCUCCCUCUCUCUCCCUCUCUACCUUCAACGGGCAAAUAAUUUUCUCUCACUAUUUCUUCCCCUCUCUUUCUCUCUCUAAAAACUGCUGUUUUUUCCAACGGCAAUAAUUUUUCAGUUUGAUUCCCGCCAGUUCUCCAGAAGAGGUAAUUUAAUGGAAGUAAUGUUUUUGUUUGAUCUGAGAAUUGAAGGUUGGUAAUUGUGAUUAGGAUGUACGAUUUAGAAAAUUGUAGAAUUAAUGAAGGAGAUGGCGGAAGGUGAUUUGAAAGUGGAGGAGUGUUGUUUGGAGAACAAACAAUCAGCGGCUGCUUCGACGAGUUCAUUGGUUUCUGAGGGUAGUGCUAGUGUUAGUAUCAAGUCUUCUGGUGUUAGUAGCCCAGCUGCCACAUCGCCUUAUCAAAGGAGGACUACAGGCCCAAUUAGGCGAGCAAAGGGUGGUUGGACGCCGGAAGAGGAUGAAACAUUAAGGAAUGCAGUUUCCACCUUCAAGGGAAAGAGUUGGAAGAAAAUAGCUGAGUUCUUCCCUGAUAGAUCUGAAGUGCAGUGCUUACACAGAUGGCAAAAAGUUCUUAAUCCCGAGCUUGUUAAGGGACCAUGGACUCAAGAGGAAGAUGAAAAAAUUAUUGAGUUAGUGGCAAGGUAUGGGCCAACAAAGUGGUCUGUGAUAGCAAAGUCUUUACCAGGGCGUAUUGGAAAGCAAUGCCGGGAAAGGUGGCACAACCAUUUGAAUCCAGAUAUAAAAAAGGAUGCUUGGACAUUGGAGGAAGAAUUAGCUCUCAUGGAUGCACAUCGCAUAUAUGGGAAUAAGUGGGCUGAAAUAGCCAAGUUUCUACCUGGAAGGACUGAUAAUGCUAUAAAAAAUCACUGGAAUAGUUCCUUGAAGAAGAAGCUAGAGUUUUAUUUGGCCACCGGCAAACUCCCGCCCGUUGCUAAGAAUAAUCUUCAGAAUAAUGCACGCGUUACAGAGAGACCUACUUCUAGCGGGAAAUUGAUGGCUGGUUCGAAUAAAGAAUCCGACUCAUCUGCUCAGACUUCCUCAUGUGCUACAGAUUUCCAGAAACCGGAAGACACAAAAACCAAGUUGGAUCAAUCAAGCAAACUUCAAGAAUUGGGUCCGUCCAGUUGUCCAGCUGAUGAGUCUGCUGAUUCAGGUGUUGUGGAGCGAUCAUCAUAUAUAGACUUCAGGUGUAGUAAUUCAAAUUAUUUACCAUUGUUUGAUAGAUGUGGGAGUGCUGAAAGGGCUGAGAAAAACGAGGGUGUCGUUACACCUAUGCCGCAUGUAAAUUCAAUUUAUGGGUCAUUGUACUAUAAACCUCCAGAAGACAAUAGUUGUAGUCCAUCAGAAUCAAGCAUAGCCAAUAGUUCCACGCAGCCUGAUUGCAGCCCAGCACCAAUCACAUCACAAUUAGGUUUCUUCACUCCACCUUGUGUGAAGAGCAAUGGCGCUUCUGUGCAUAGCACAGAAUCUAUAUUAAAAAAUGCAGCCAUGACUUUUCCUAAUACUCCUUCCAUAUUGAGAAAGAGAAGGGCCCAACUUCAAAUUCCUCAUACCCAAAAUAAUGGAAAAUCUGAUGAAGCUUCCUGCAAACAUAGGUGUUCGUCCUCAAUUGAACAGCAAAGUGCAAUUCAUCAAUCUGGGUACCAGGAGGGAGGAUUGGUUCCGACUCCACCAUCUCAUACCUCUGUUGUGACCGAAUUUUGCAAUGGAAAGCCUUUUAAUGCAUCUCCACCAUAUCGGUUAAGAUCAAAACGCACAGCUAUUCUGAAAUCUGUGGAGAAACAGCUGGAAUUCACAGAAAAAGAGAAGGAAAGCAACGCCACAUCUAUAGACUUCCAGUUCAGAGGCAACACUCCUAUCAGAGAACGCAUAUCGCAUACAAAGAUGGGGGUGACCUAGUGUUUGUGAUGUGGAAGAAUAAUAUCUCAUUCUUACAUCUCGAAGGCCAAGAAGUUGGAGAGUUGUAUCAAACACCCAAUCAGGCAUCUUUGAGGAAAUAUCUUGUCUCAGAGAAAAGAGAAUAACAGGAGCCGUGUACAUUAAAAGCAUAAGCAGAAUGUUUAUGUGAUUUCUCUGCUGACAACAGUGGUUCAAUUGUUUAUACAGAUAGAAGAACAAAAGCUAAGUUACUGAGUACCAAUGAUUCAAUCACAGGAGAUGAUUUUUGCCGCAUAAUUCUUGCCCUUGUUUUGUCGCAAAAAAUACAUCUAAGAUGGGAAGGCACUUGUCAACUUGUGCUAUUAUGGAAUGUCCUCUCUAACUAGCUUGAUACUAACUUGUAGGUCGACUAUUCGGAUCCGAUAGUUUUUCUAAUACUGCCCACUUCAGUAGAUAUGUGCUAGGGAAAUAAUUAUCAUUUUUGUUUAAUUUUUAUGUAUUCUAUAUGCCUAUUGAUCA